AUGCGAGCGUCGAAGCCGAGGAGAGUCAGUGUGGGCAUGUUGGCGUUGGUGCCGCCGGGGAGUCAGUGGCCGACGGGGGGAAAUGCGGCGGGUGUACAGUUGAGUCGACACACGGAGUUUCUUUGGAUGCACGCCGCGGGGCGCCGGAGCCGGACCUGCACCACGCUAGGGGGGCGAGAGAUUCUGGCGAAUGCGCGGUACAAUGCGGCUCUGACGUUCCGUUCGUCGGAUAUUUCACGUCACGUUUUCUCGUUUGCGGGACCCGACCAUCAGGGGCCGAUGUAUACACGUCGGUCGAUGGAAGAGUACGAACAAUGGCGUGUUCUGGCGGAUAGUAUUGCCCUGAAUUGGCUCUUUGUACCGGAUCUGACCGAGCGAUUGAUGGCCACGACGGGACGCCGACCUGAAACAAGUCCGCGACCCGCGGCAGGCGAGACGGACCUUGACACGGCGGCGUACCUCGACACGGAGGCGGACCUUGACGCGGAGGCGAACCUUGACGCGGAGGCGAACCUUGACGCGGAGGCGAACCUUGACGCGGAUGCGGACCUUGACACGGAUACGGACGUUGACACGGAUACGGACGUGGACACGGACCUUGUCCAGCACUUGUUCGAAGUGUCGGAAGAGGCUUUCGCGCAAGACUCAGUCGAGGCAACCGCACCGACUGACCUUUUUGCGCUGCCGUCUAACAGGGGCAACCGCUUGAGUCGGUGCAUCCCUGGUUUGGUUCUCUGGGCGGACUUCCGCCGUAACUUCAAGGAUAUGCCACUUCGCGACCGGUGGGGGCAGCUGGCCCUGCUCUCGCGCUGGUACCCCGAACAGGCCUGCCGGGCCGUGCUCAAGGACCUGGAAGAAGUCAUUGACCUGCCCGCCCGUCUGGCGCCUGUCCUACUCGCCCCCGCGGUGCUGACUGGCCCACAGCUGGCUGUUUGUGCGCGGCAGCUGAAAGACACGGCGGGUCUCUGGUGGUUUAACCGCCAAAACGAGAACUCCACUCAAAAGCACCCACUCCCCUGUUCAGACCCCAUCGUCGAUAAAAUUGCCGCAGAUGUACAGAACUUUCUGACGUCCCUCACGAAACUGCUUCGUGGAAAGCACCAAACCCACGUGAAGCCUGGCCCGUCUGGUGGCCAGCUGGCUUAUGCAGACGAGAUUCGUUACUGGAUGAAGAAAGUGGCAAUGCGACGCAAGGCAACGCUCAAGGCGCGUUACAAGGCGGCAUACAGAGAGUGUAGAGAACAGCUGGAGGCAGCGUAUUUUUCGGAGGCCUCGGGGGGCCCGGUGGAGUUGCCCGUGGGUUGCCAGAACCGCGUGCGGGCGCCAAGCGACUUCCGGAAUUACGAGCUGCGGCAGUGGGCGUUUUUUGAGGAAGAGUUGGUGCUCGCUCUGAUUCACGGAUGCAUCCGGCUCGAGGCGUUGGAGUCGUGGCACAACUGCCAUCUGGUUGUCAGGGCGCUGGACUUCGCCAUGUCGCGCGCCCCCCGGUUCAAAUUCUCUGUCUCCACCGGCCAGUUCGCCUGUCUCUACGAGUGGCGGCUGGACGACGUGAUCGAGUGGGUCGCGACUGAGCAAGCACAAGACUACGCCUGCCGUGUUGGAUGUGCAAUCGCCAACACGCUCUUGGACCUGAUGGCCAAAGACCUGGCCAGUGUAGAAACGGGCGGCCCGACGCCCGCCAAACGCCGGAAACGGGACCAGUAA